GUGUUGUUACUCUUUAAAAACGUUUUAGCGGACAUUCGUCUUAAAUAUGCGCGUUCAUGUUGAGUCCAACGUUAUGCACAGGGAGAUAGUGUCAUAUUUGCACGGUGGGGUGAAUUUAAUGUGAAGCUUCAUCGGUCAGGACAGUUAAAAUAGCCUGACCUUCUACAGCUGAAUUCCUGACCUUGGGAGAUGGUUAAUUAUGGCUGCAUGGUAGCUGCUCGGUGGAGCAGACUCUGUACGAGUGUAGCAGGGAUGUGAGCUGUUUGCGGUGCGACUUAGAGAAGAGGGUCUUGGGUUUUUUUAAUUGGCCGGCACAAUUAGCGCUUCCUGAUUAAUUCAGACUCAAGAUACAGAUCACAGGUGGUCUGCUGGAAUCCCAGUGUAUAAUUUCCUUUGUGUGAAGGUGAGCCUUGUGAAGGACAGCAAAAAUGGUGGCCAGCAAGCAAAUUAGGGUUUUGCUUCUCAGUGAUAUGGAGAAGCUUGAAAGGACCCUCUUUAGACUGGAGCAAGGCUAUGAGCUUCAGUUCCGAUUAGGCCCUACGUUGCAAGGGAAGCCUGUGAAGGUCCACACAAACUAUCCACUUCCUGGGGAGCAGUUUAAACGCCAUAAUUUUAGGACAUUGGAUUGGUUUAACCCAACUGGAAGAGAAGAUGAUUCUGAUAAGUUUUGUAAGAUUGACCUACAGAUUGCAGGAUCUUACCAGUAUUUUUUUGAGUAUGGGAAAGAAGAGAAGAGAGGUGGAGGAUAUGUGGUUGUUGACCCUGUGUUACGAGUUGGUGCUGAUAACCAUGUCCUUCCACUGGACUGUAUUACCAUUCAGACUUACUUGGCCAAGUGCCUGGGUCCCUUCCAUGAGUGGCCAGACAGACUGCGAGUUGCCAAAGAAUCAGGGUAUAACAUGAUUCAUUUUACACCACUUCAGACACUGGGUUUAUCUCGGUCAUGCUACUCCUUAGCUGACCAGCUAGAGCUGAACCCAGAUUUUUCAACCUCGGAAAAAAAAUACAGUUGGGCAGAUGUUGGCAAACUAGUGGAAAUGCUCAAGAAGGAGUGGAAUAUGAUUUGCAUUACAGAUGUGGUUUACAAUCAUACAGCUGCCAACAGUAAAUGGAUUCGGGAACACCCAGAGUGUGGCUAUAACCUUGUCAACUCUCCUCACCUUAAGCCUGCCUGGGUGUUGGACAGGGCAAUAUGGCACUUCACUUGUGAUAUAGCAGAUGGGAAGUACAAAGACAGGGGUCUGCCUGCUCUGAUUGAAAAUGAUCAACAUUUAAAUGCUAUUCGCAGAAUACUCUGGGAGGAUGUCUUCCCAAAGGUUAAAGUGUGGGAAUUUUUUCAAGUUGAUGUGGAAAGAGCUGUGGAGCAAUUUCGAGAUCUUCUCAUUAGUGGCGGUCAGGCGGGUAAACACAAGACUGAUACUAAACAGCAUCUCAGGAUUAUCCAGGAUCCACAGUAUAGACGGUUCGGAAACACUGUGGAUAUGAACAUUGCUCUGGAAACAUUCAUUCCACAUGGCAAUGGACCAUCAGCUAUUGAUGACUGCUGUAACUGGUUCCGUAAGAGACUUGAGGAAUUGAAUGGGGAGCACUACAGGGAAAUUCACUAUCAUCAUGAACAGGCAGCCAAUUGCAUUGUGGGAAAUGUUGUUUAUGAGCGUCUUGCAGACCAUGGGCCCAAAUUAGGCCCCAUCACCAGGAAAAAUCCCUUGGUAACAAAAUAUUUUACUUUUGUUUUUGGCGAGAUGACUCUGAAGGCAGAGGAGGCCCUCAUGCACCAGCCUGACAAAGCAUGUCAUUUCCUCGCUCACAAUGGUUGGGUGAUGGGAGAUGAUCCCCUCAGAAACUUUGCUGAGCCAGGGUCGAAUGUUUACCUGAGGAGGGAGUUAAUUUGCUGGGGAGACAGUGUCAAACUGCGUUACGGCAAUAAUCCGGAGGAUUGUCCCUAUCUUUGGGCUCACAUGAGAAAGUAUACGGAAAUUACAGCAAAGCACUUCAGUGGUGUGCGUCUUGACAACUGCCACUCCACUCCGCUACACGUGGCUGAGUACAUGCUGGACACAGCCCGAGCACUGCGGCCUGAUUUAUAUGUGGUGGCUGAGCUGUUCACAGGAAGCGAGGAGCUGGACAAUGUCUUUGUCACUAGGCUUGGCAUAAGUUCCCUUAUAAGAGAGGCGAUGAGUGCCUAUGACAGCCAUGAGGAAGGAAGACUAGUGUACCGCUUUGGAGGAGAACCUGUUGGCUCCUUUGCCCAGCCCAGCCUGAGACCUUUAGUACCCGGCAUUGCUCAUGCAUUGUUCAUGGAUGUAACCCAUGACAACGAGUGUCCUAUUCAGCUGCGCUCUGCGUAUGAUUCUCUCCCUAGUUCAGCAAUAGUGUCCAUGGCUAGCUGCGCUACUGGCAGCACUAGAGGUUACGACGAGAUGGUUCCCCAUCAGAUCUCCGUUGUUAAAGAGGAGAGGCUGUAUUGCAAAUGGAAUCCUAAAGCAAAGCCUUCAUCCCGAGGGGAGGUUAACCGUCAGAGUGGUAUUAUCGCAGGGAAACUGGCCCUCAACAAGCUGCAUCAAGAGCUGGCCAGUAAGGGCUUCAUUCAGGUCUAUGUCGAUCAGGUGGAUGAAGACAUUGUAUCAGUGACCAGACACUGCCCCAGUACACACCAGUCAGUAGUGGCUGUGUCACGUACAGCCUUCAGGAACCCCAAGACUUCCUUCUACAGGAAUGACGUGCCUCCCAUGUGCAUCCCAGGUAAAAUAGAAGAAGUUGUGUUUGAGGCCCGGACCAUUGAAAGAAAUGCUGGCUCAUAUGAGAAAGAUGAGAAGAGUAUUAAUGGCAUGCCUGACUACACUGUGGAAAUUACAGAGCAUAUUCAGCUGAAAGACAGCAAGAUUGUGAAACGGGCCGAAGUGACAUCCAAAGGUCGCCACGAGUUUGUGCAGGAAAUUGUGUUCGAACACUUGUCGCCUGGAAGUGCGAUUGUGUUCAGAGUGAGCUUGGACCCAAAAGCCCAAGAAGUGGUUAGUUUACUCAGGAACCACCUUAUUCAGUUUAGCCCUCAUUUCAAAUCUGGCAGUCUCCCUGAUGACAAAGCAGAGGCCAUACUCAAAACGCCAUUUGCGUCUAUCGCAUCAAAGCUGACCCUAGCUGACUUGAAUGUGCUGCUUUUUCGCUGUGAUGCUGAAGAGCAGGAAGAUGGAGGAGGUUGCUAUAAUAUCCCAUCAUGGACGUCGCUGAAGUAUGCUGGCCUUCAAGGUCUGAUGUCAGUAAUGGCGGAAAUCCGGCCUAAGAAUGAUUUGGGCCAUCCAUUCUGUGACAACCUGAGAACAGGAGACUGGAUGAUUGACUAUGUGAGCAACCGUCUAGUGAGCAGAGGUGGCACCCUGGGCAAGGUUGGAAAGUGGUUUCAAGCCAUGUUUGCAUACCUAAAACACCUUCCUCGUUAUCUCAUCCCAUGCUAUUUUGACGCCAUUCUUGUUGGGGUCUAUACCAGCCUUUUGGAUGUCACAUGGAAACAGAUGUCAAGUUUCAUUCAGAAUGGGUCCACAUUUGUGAAGCUCCUGGCUCUGGGCUCCGUUCAGAUGUGUGGCGUAGGCCGUUUCCCUGCCCUGCCUCCACUGUCCCCCGUCCUGCAGGGGGUGCCAUACCGCGUAAAUGACAUCACCAAGGAGAAAGAGCAGUGCUGCGUCUCCUUAGCUGCUGGUCUGCCACACUUCUCUUCUGGGAUUUUCCGGUGCUGGGGACGAGACACGUUCAUUGCCCUACGAGGACUGAUGCUAGUAACUGGGCAAUACCUUGAGGCCCGGAAUAUUAUUCUUGCUUUUGCUGGUACUCUGAGACAUGGUCUGAUUCCAAACCUGCUUGGCCAGGGUACCUAUUCCAGGUACAAUUGUCGCGAUGCUGUUUGGUGGUGGCUUCAGUGCAUCCAAGACUACUGUAACAUUGUUCCCAAUGGAACUGAAAUCCUAAAAUGCCCAGUCUCCAGGAUGUACCCCACUGACGACUCUGAGCCACAGCCAGCUGGAAAAGUGGACCAGCCUUUGUACGAUGUAAUUCAAGAGGCAAUGCAGCGACAUAUGCAGGGAAUAGAAUUCAGAGAGAGGAACGCUGGCCCCCAGCUGGACCGAAACAUGAGGGAUGAAGGUUUCAGCGUCUCAGCCAGAGUUGACCCUCACACUGGUUUUGUGUCUGGUGGAAAUCGAUACAACUGUGGCACAUGGAUGGACAAGAUGGGAGAAAGUGAAAGUGCUCAGAACAAGGGUAUUCCUGCUACUCCAAGAGAUGGGUCAGCAGUGGAGAUCGUAGGCCUCAGUAAGUCCUCGGUGCGCUGGCUGGCAGAGCUGCACCGGAAGAAGUUGUUCCCUUAUGCUGCAGUCGUGGUUCAGAGAGAUGGAAAGCAAGUCACGGUGUCCUACGACGAGUGGAACAGAAACAUCCAGGAGAAUUUUGAGAAGCUGUUCUACGUGUCUAAGGACCCCUCUGAUCCUAAUGAGAAGCAUCCCGACCUGGUUCACAAAAGAGGGAUUUAUAAGGAUAGUUAUGGGGCCUCCAGUCCCUGGUGUGACUACCAGCUCAGACCCAACUUCACUAUAGCCAUGGUGGUGGCUCCUGAGCUGUUUACUGUAGAGAGGGCAUGGGAGGCCCUGGCUAUAGCUGAGAAGAAGCUCCUGGGACCUCUGGGAAUGAAGACCUUAGAUCCUGAUGACAUGGUGUACUGUGGUGUUUAUGACAAUGCCUUGGAUAAUAACAACUACAACAUCUCUAAAGGUUUUAACUACCACCAAGGACCUGAAUGGCUUUGGCCUGUUGGCUACUUUCUACGUGCCAAGAUUUACUUUUCAAAGAAAAUGGGCCAGGAAAUGUAUGAUCAGACAGUCUACCUUGUGAAGAAUGUUCUUUCUCGUCAUUACGUUCACUUGGAGAGGUCUACAUGGAAGGGUCUGCCAGAGCUGACAAAUGAGAAUGGGCAGUACUGUCCAUUCAGCUGUGAAUCUCAGGCCUGGUCCAUCGCCACCAUCCUGGAAGUCCUCCAUGACCUGUGAGAAGUCACUGUCUGUGGGUGAUUUCCCAGAAGCGCCCCAGUCUUCCAGCACUGGUUCUGUUUUGUGGUUAAUUGAGUUUUAGGUGGUGAUUUUGUGAUUUCAGUGGGAUCUUUGUUUCCUCAUGCUUUUGCACAGUCUAAAGACUGUUUCAAGAAGAUUUAGUGUCCUGUAAAUGUGCUUCAAAUAGUAUUCUGGAAAGAUAGUCAUACAUUUUUUGGAAUUUGCACUGAGGAGCAAAUAGUAGCAUUUUCUGAAUGCUUAGAUCCUAGCUACUUUAUUUUACUUCGAAAGUAUGCAUGAUUUAACAUUUACAAAUUGUGAUGUUGAGAAUGGACAGGUAUGAACAACAGCUAUAUCAUUGGCCUUGAAAUUAUUGAAUAAGUACACAGAUUUGCUGCACACAAUGGUACUGUGGUUUGUAAAAUCCUAAAUAGGUUCUUUUACCUAUCACAACCAAUUAAAACUACUGUAGGUAGAAAACACAGCAAACUUAAAGUGCACCAUUUUAAGUACUGAACGUUUUGUUGUUUUCCACUGUAUUCUGUUACAUUAUAGUUGAAAUACCAAAGAGAUAGUUACAAGCCUUUUAAUAUUUUGAAUUUCACCAGGGUUCACGGUUCACUGUUUCAUAGCCACUAAGCACUUUAAUAAGAUUCACGGAACCCCAGAAAACUGCUGUCUGUCAGUAUUUAAGUGUUUCAAAGAAGGCCUCAUACCUAAUAUUCCAUCAUUUGCUCUUUUGCAAGAUGGUUUUCUGGCAGUUCAUGGCAUUACAUCAUUAAUUAUAACGAUUUUUAAUAUAUUUAUUAAUUCAUUCAAAUAUGCAGUUUGCCAUUUCAUAAUGUACUAAAUGUUAGUUUUCAAAAAGUAUGUUGUGGUCCUGCUGUGGUACUUUUUGUUUAAAACCUUCUUGUCUGUCUAGCCUGUAUGUUAUACUUGUUUUUAAUUUUUUUUCUUGUUACUGCGGUGUUUGAUAUAAAUAGCAUUCUCCACUAUG